AGAAUAUUAAGAUACCUCAUCAGACGUGUUUGGACGGUAUUCUCAUGCUGGGGACCAACACAGUGUUCAAUGUGUUCUUCUUGUGGUACAUGGACAACGUGAAUCCAGGGGACUUUGGCGUGUCAAAACCGUACAACUUCUGUUUUACAGUACGUACAAUAAAAAAUGCGCUAGAGAAGAUAAAAAAGAAAAUGUUUUUUCAGUUUGAGGACAGGAAGGAACUUUAAGGAUUUUAAUUUGUUUGUUUGUUUUUGUUUACAAUAGUAGACCUAUGCUUUGAAUUGUGGAGCGAUCACAGGCAUAAUAUGCUUUGAAUUAUAACAGCGAUCAUAUAGAUAUAAUACCUCUUCUUCUUCUUAUUAUUAUUAUUAUAUGAUUUGAAUUAUAUCAGCGAUUAUAGACAUCUGCUUUGAAUUAUAGUAGCGAUUGUAAUAGACCAAGUUAACUAUGAUUUUUCACACGACCUUAAUAUUUACUUCAUGACACAAUGGCGUAGUGAUUUAAUGAGAGCAAUGUAAAAACCCAAGAAAAGUGGGAACUAGUUUUUACUACGAAAAUAUAAUACAGGUUUUAAGUAGAGCAAAAGUGUUUACGAUUUUAUUUUGAAGGGGUGACAGACAGAUUGUUUUUUUUCUCGAAUGGAUUAUUGAAUUACUAUCAGAUGGAAUCUCAUGGACUGUGUGUGUAUAUAGACUUUGCAUUCUAUGAUUGUUACAAGGAUAUCCUCAUAUCAAGGAUUUUUUUAAACGUAUCUAUUAUAUGUAAUGAAGUACUGUAUAAAUUAUUCAUUUGAUGUUAUCACUUCUUACGUGAGAGAGGAACAUAUAUUUAUAGGGGUGAACGGUGGAAUGAAUGAAUGAUUCAAUUGGUAGAGCUACAAGCCAUCCAUUACAGUGAGCUCAAGUGUUAGUAGUGAGCUCAAGUGUUAGUUCACAAAGUUACCACCAAGCAUUGUCACAUUGGUAUCUGAAGCAUUGUUACAGCGACCAUAGACAUAUGCUUUGAACUAUGGCAGCGAUCAUAGACAUAUGCUUUGAAUUAUAGAAGGGAUCAUAGACAUAUGCUUAGAAAUAUAGAAGUGAUCAUAGACAUAUGCUUUGAAUUAUAGAAGGGAUCAUAGACAUAUGCUUUAAAUAAUAGAAGCGAUUAUAGACAUAUGCUUUGAAUUAUAGAAGCGAUCAUAGACAUAUGCUUAGAAAUAUAGAAGUGAUCAUAGACAUAUGCUUUGAAUUAUAGAAGUGAUCAUAGACAUAUGCUUUGAAUUAUAGAAGGGAUCAUAGACAUAUGCUUUGAAUUAUGGCAGCGAUCAUAGACAUAUGCUUUGAAUUAUAGAAGGGAUCAUAGACAUAUGCUUUGAAUUAUGGCAGCGAUCAUAGACAUAUGCUUUGAAUUAUGGCAGCGAUCAGGAGAUGGCAUAAAUAUUAUUGAUUAAAAAAAUAUUUAAAAAACGCGUACACAGUAUACAGCAGUGUGUUAUGAAUGUUUGUUUAUUUUGUCGCUGCCUCUUAAAGACACGUCUGAUCUUAGGUCAGCUUUUCAUAUCGAGAUGACUUCUCUUAGGUCAGCUUUUCAUAUCGAGAUGACUUCUCUUAGGUCAGCUUUUCAUAGACAGUUAACGUACCUUCGAUCCGCUUAUCAUAGCUAGCUGACAAAUCUUAGGUCUGCCUAUCGCAGGUAACCCGACUCAUCUUACAUCUGCUUAUCAGAGAGAGCUGAUUUAUGAUACAUCUGCUUAUCAGAGAGAGAGCUGAUUUAUGAUACAUCUGCUUAUCAGAGAGAGCUGAUUUAUGAUACAUCUGCUUAUCAGAGAGAGCUGAUUUAUGAUACAUCUGCUUAUCAGAGAGAGCUGAUUUAUGAUACAUCUGCUUAUCAGAGAGAGCUGAUUUAUGAUACAUCUGCUUAUCAGAGAGAGAUGAAUUAUCCCGCUUCCGCUAAUAAUAGAGAGCUGGCUCAUCUUAAGUCCACUUAUCAUUAGUGACUCACAAACGUCCAUGCUCUAAGUAAGAUGACAAAGACAUCUCUUCUCUUAUAUUAUGUUACGGCAGCUCGAACCUCUCAUUCAUUGGACUUCGCUUGUUCUGAUUCUGUAGUUCUUGUGCUGAAGAUUGAGGGUUGGAUAGGACAGCUCGGGGUACAGAGACAUUCCGGGGUAUUUCUGGCUUAAAUUUUCUUUUGUGUUCUGCGGCCGCUGAUCUAUUGGCUUCGUGUUCUUCAAAAUAACCUCAGUCCGACACACACAACACAAACAAAAACAAAAACAACAACCUGUCAUUAAAUAGUUUUUAUAACAAAAACAAUAACUUUCUAACUGUGCACAGAAAGGAUACUGGUUUCCGGUUCCAGAGUCGGUUGAUAAUAUUACUGACCUCCCAAAGCAAGACGACACCUUGUUUGAGCAGCCUCCAUCGUACCUGAAGCCCGGGGUCAUGGUCCGUGGUUUGGUGAAGGUUGGUGCGGCUCAUGCCCUCAUCGUUUAUUAUUUUUUUUAAGGCUAGAUAAACAUUUUCCUUUGGUUUAGGAGAUCCUAGGCGAGCAUCUAGAUUUUCCACACGAGCUAACACCCUCCCCCCCCCCCCCCCGAGUGAUGGUGUAGAGUAAAUUCUACUCUCUAACCCCUUUAGAGCGAUGGUGUAGAUAUAAUACUAAGCAGAUCUUUUUAGCUGUGAGUACAUCUCAGAGCUCUUCUCGACUAAGAAGCUAGUUUGAAAGAAACGCAAAUGCAUUGGUGGGCGAUUUCACACAAUUUACAACCUAUAGCCGGUGAAGAAAGAAAAUUGAAUUUUUCAAGUUUCUUUUUUUUCCCAUCUGUUCGAAGUAUGUUCUUAUGUCCAUAAAUAUCAUACACAUAUAUUUAAUGACGUAGUUUUUACCCCCCACCUUCCAAAAAAAAAUCCAUGGAACUUAUCAUACAUUUCAUUAUUUAAAAAUAUUGCGACUCCUAUUGAGACCAGCUUGCUUUCAUCGAUGCCAGGUGUUUGGAAGCCACAUGGCGGUAGCUGGGGUCAGCAUGGACUUGUAUCAGGACCAGGUCUCGGUGUUGUUGGGGCACAACGGUGCGGGAAAGACGACCACAAUCAGUAUGAUUACAGGUGCAUCCUUUGGUUGGCUCUAAAGUUAAAUCUAGAUUUAAUAGCUUUAAAAAAAUUUUUUUUUUUUUUUUUUUUUUUUUGAAAAUGGCACAGAGUUAUUUUUUACGUGAGAGAGAAACUUUCCCCAUGCUCCAAUCAAACACCUUUGAAAUCCUGGGAGGUCAAAUCUUAAUUUUAAAAAAAUUUUUUUUUUUUUUUUUUUUUUUUUUGAAAAUGGCACAGAGUUAUUCUUGACGUGAGAGAGAAACUUUCCCCAUGCUCCAAUCAAACACCUUUGAAAUCCUGGGAGGUCAAAUCUUAAUGUAGGCAACACUUCAAAUGUAAUAAUUUUAUUUCUUCUAAAUCUUAACAAUUUUUUUUUUUAUUUAAGUUAAGAUAGGUUGUAGUUGUAUUGUAAGUAAAGCAGGAGAUUCUUCUUGCUCUGCGGCAAUUUCCUUUCAUACUACCAUUUGUGACCAAGUGAAACUGAAGAAAAUUUAUUUUUCAAAAUAGAUUAUCCCAUUAUUCAUCUGUGCUUGCAAAUUAUUUUUUUGCAGGGUUUCUUAAGCCCACCGGUGGUUCUGUCAUUGUG